AUGAUGCAUAUUCUCGGACAUAAUAAUUUAGCUGGGCACGUUGUUGGGAUGAUAACUGGUUACUUAGUAUAUCAUAUGCAAGAAAAUGGAAAACCCAUUGGAAAUAAUAAGAUAUUUUCGUUACUCACGUGGCUCAUGUGGUGCGCAUUGCCUGUGAUAAUUUAUGUAUUCUGGUUGGGGAGGAUGUUUUAUAUUGAUGGGUAUGAAGUAUCGCUUGCAUUCAAAUUGCUGUAUGCAGCCACGCAGAGAGUUUUGGCGGGAUCAAUCGCCACGAGUAUAAUUUUUGGACUUGUCUUUAGGCUAAAUGAUACUCUGUGCAGCAUAUUCGAGUGGCGUGGCUGGGUGAUUCCUAGCAGACUUUCGUAUGCGGUUUUAUUAGUCCACAUGAACAUCGUUUCUGUAAUUCUUGGAACCAAAACGCAAUUAGGACAUUCCUCCACCUUUUUUGCGUUGCUGAAUUAUUUUAGUAUUGUAACGAUGUCAUUCCUUUUAGCUUUACCGCUUUAUUUAACCGUCGAAGCGCCAAUUAGCAAGAUGGUAAAGAGAAUGACCGACCAGCAAGAUAACCAGUAUUCUAAGAAGAAAAAAAACUAA